AUGGCGUGGACAUUCGCUGGGCUGUUAAGUGUUUUUGGUUUCAAUGGCGCUUUCAUCAUUGUGGAUCAGCAAAGCAGAGGACAACCCAUGUUCCAUGUCAUCCCUUGCACAAUCUUGAAAGGGAUGGAGACGCAGGAAGAAGGGCCUCACCUGCAAUCAGUCCUCAUGGUCUCAGAACAACUGUAUGGCACAACAGCCAUCGCCAACAAUCUUGUUGACCUCAUUGCGCAUGACUGGGCCGUGCACACCAUUUACACCAAGAAUGUUGAGUUGGCUGAGAGAAUCACUUGA